UGCUACAAACAAGUUUAAUCAAAGCUAAAGUAAGAUGAAAAAUGAUCAUGAAAUUUGAAGACAUAGAAUUUCUGUCUGUUCAUGUGUUCUUUCAGAGACAGUAGAUGAAAUCGCUGCGUACACAGAGAAGCUCACAGAUUUAAAUUUACAGUGUCUUCAAGGAGUCUCAGAUUCAUGUUUCCAAGAUUCUCUUAAAUUUCCUUUCCUAUUAAAAUUCUCAUCUUUUCAUCAUAUUAUCUUGCAAGAUGACUGCCACAAAUUUGGAUGUCACACAACCUUCUUUCCAAGAGAACAUAGAAGAUACGAAGGCAAUGUCGUUGUUGCAAAUACUUCGCCAAAAGGAGGAGACGGAGGCUGAAGUAGAAUCCUUGUGCAAUUUGAUGUAUCAGUUAAACAAAGCACAUCUUCAGUAUGAAUCCACAGUGGAGAUACUUCAUAAACUGAAUUCGACCAAAGACGGGAUGCCUGCAGUUAUACCGCUCACGAAUAGUAUGUAUGUUCAGGGAGAUCUCUGCAAUAUAAAUAAAAUCAUACUGACUUUAGGAAGCGAGUACCAGAUGGAAGUUGAUAAAGAGACGGCUAUAAGCCAUUUCAUAAGGAAGAUUCAAAGGGUUAGAGGAAAAAUAGGUACAACCCAAAAGAUACUGGCAGCUAAAAUUUUAGAGCGAGAGCAAUUGAAGAAAGCUGCCGCUGAAAAAUAUUAUGAGGAAAAUAAGAAAAACGAAAUGGAACCCUUCCCUGCUCUUCUCACCGGAUGAAAAUAUUGGAGAAUCGUAGUUUUUGAAAAGUUCCAAAUUACACCCACUUUUUUUUCUUUUUUUUCGGUAUUUAGAUGUUCUAAAAAGUUUCUUGCAGCUGAAGCGGAUGUUUUGAAAUGAUGCCACUUUUGUCGAACAUUUGAAGUGUUCAUGAGAUUUUAGAAUAUCUAAAUUAGAACUUUGCACUAAAGUAAGAAUAUUCAA